UCACAUGAUCAACAAGAGCUUAGUAAUCGGCCGACAACAACGUAAACUUCAAUCAACUUUAAAUAUGGCGACAUUAGAACGUAAUACAUCUGAUUGUUUUUCAAGUGAUUUGUCAAAAACUACGAUUUGCAAUGAUGAAACAAUUACUACAAAUGAGGAAAAUCAUGAAGAAGGAAAUCCACUGGAAUCUUCGUGGACUUUUUGGCUUGACAAGGCAGUACAUGGAAGAACUGUCAACGAGUAUAAAGAAAACUUGAAAAAAAUAUAUACAGUUUCUACAAUACAGAAUUUUUGGGCUGUUUAUAAUAAUAUACCAAAAGUUUGUGAGAUUCAAAACAGAUAUAAUUAUCAUCUGAUGAGAGACGAAAAAUUGCCUCUCUGGGAGGAGGAGUACAAUAAAAAAGGUGGUACUUGGAGAUUCAGAUGCCAUAAAACAGAUUCAGAAUUGGUGUGGAAAGAGGUUGUAUUAGCUGCUAUUGGCGAACAAUUUAAUGAUCAUAUCUCCAAAGAUGAUGAAAUUUGCGGUGUUACAGUAUCUAUAAGAGAUAGAGAUGAUUUAAUUCAGAUUUGGAAUAAAAAUGCUGAUUUAAUACAAGAAAGUACUAUAAUACAAAAAGUCCAGAAGCUAGUACCCGAUAUUAAAUUCCUUGGACACUUUUAUAGAUCACAUCAAUCAAAUUUCGCAUACGAUCGUUCUUAACAAAAAAUAUUGUAUAAUUAUGACCAAACAUUUUUUACAAUCUUUAAUUUUUUUAUUCGUUGAUGAAUUUUAUUGAUAAAUUUUAUAUGCCUAGUUAAUAAUGUUUAUUAUAUAUUCAGAGCAUUCUAAUCAAAUGUUUACGUUCUUAAUUAUAGUAGUCUUUUAAGAAUUUUUUUAAUUAAAAAAAUAUAUUGACAUAAAAAAAUUCAUGAUUUUUAUAUCGUUGGCUUUAAGAAAUUACCAAAGAGAUUAAAACUACGUCAUAUUUGUAUUUUUCUUUUAAAUACAUAGAAUUUUUAUUCAUUCCUGUUAGGAAGAGUCAUCUUUGAAUUAUGGAAUGACGACAGUAAUUUAUUAUUAAUAAUAAAUUUUUGAUAAUAUCUAAUAUUUAGCUCAAAUAUUAUACUAAUUUCAUUAUAGUACAUCUUAGGAAGUAUAACAUAUUUUUUUAGCUCACAUGAAAAAUUUUUUCAAAAACUAUUAUGAGAUAUACAACAUCUAACAGUAACUGCCAUACAUCAAAACUGACUUUUUGCAUCUAUUAAGUACACGAAUGAUAUUACCAUAAUUUUGAAAUGAAUAACUUUUUUUUCAUUUUGUGACAGUUUCUAAUUUUUGAUGAUGACUCAUUCAUUUCACAAAGACAUUAAGUUUUUAAGAAUUGUUUACGCCAAUAAAUUAAUUCAACUUCGAUGAAUAUAAAUUAGCUACUGUUCGAUAUUAUGAAAUUUUUUUUGUCUGCGUCUGAGAAAUUCGAUAACAACCAAAAAAAACCAAUGAAGAAGGCUGAAUACAUUCUUAAUUAAUACUUUUAGACUAAUCGACCUAAAGUCAACGAUUUCAAUUAGUGUUUAGAUAUUCAUGUAAGUAAAAAAAAAAUUUUUUUUAUACAAUCAAAGUCAAAAUGUAUUCUUGAUGUCAAGGUUGUUCAUUAAAUAAUCAUUAAUUUUUUUAAUUUUUAAUAAGUACAAAAAAAAAGAAAAGCAUAGAAAUCUCUAAAUUUAUGAUCAAUUAAUAGAUCAUUAACCGAAACAGAAAGAAAUUCAAUUCACGUGGGAUUGUGUUAAGUGAAAGUUUUAUUUCUUCAUUAUUCUCGAUUCAGCCAUAAUUUGUGUACAAUAUAAUACGAAAUACCUAUCACCUAUUCAGACUAUCACUGUGCAAUUUAAAGAAUAAACGACGUGCGAAAAA